AUGACUUCAGCCUAUCAAGAUCCUCUUCAAUUUGUUUCAGCCUCCCAAUCAUCUUCUCCAUCUGAUCCUUCUGGAUACCUUACGUCUUCUUCUUCUUAUACUACCCCUACAUAUUUUCCUCUCCCGACCUUGAAACCACUAAAAUUAGCUACAGCCAGCAAGGUCCUUGACCCGACCAAGCAAGUCUGUCAAUACGAAGUUCCUGGAGGUGGGACUUGUCGGGACGAGGAAUGCGAAGAUUUACAUUUGAGCAGGUUAAUCUCGAUGGGUGGCGUCGAGCCGAGCGGUACGUCGUGUGGGUUGGCUCCUGUUGCUGGGGUUCGCUCAUGCGGUCGCGUUGCGUUUCUUUUUUUCCUUCUUUCUUUCCCGCCCCACUCUUCCCAACCUUUCCUCCCUUUCUUUUCUCCUCUUUCUUCCAAUCUUCUCGUUUUUUUCCAGAUCAAGACACAGCUGAGUUUCUGUGCAGCGUUUUGCCAGACUUUUGGCUCGCCAAGUACAAUGUUUCUGUUGCCAAGGUCACUGUAG